AUGACAACCCCAAUUUUAAAUUCUUCAGUACCUGGUAAUAUACAAAAAAAAUCAUUAGAAGGGACACAUAUUGCAAUUAGUGGUUUAAUUGGUGCAGGUAAAACUACAUUAGCUGUAGCAUUGGGAAAAGUUUUAAAUUUACCAACAUAUUUUGAAGAAGUUAUUGACAAUUUAUAUUUACAAGAUUUUUAUAAAGAUCCUAAAAAAUAUGGUUUUCAACUUCAAAUAUAUUUAUUAAAUUCAAGAUUUCAACAACAACAACAAAUUAUUUGGCAAGCUAGAGGUGGUGUGCAAGAUAGAACCAUUUAUGAGGAUUCAGUGUUUGCAAAGAUGUUAAAUGAGAGUGGACUUUUGGAUGACAGAGAUUAUAAUACCUAUUGUAAAUUAUUUCAAAAUUUAAGUAACUUUAUGAGAAGACCAGAUUUAAUUAUACAUUUAGAUGUUUCACCUGAAAAAAGUUUAGAAAGAAUUAAAUUAAGAAAUAGAGAUUGUGAAAAGGAUGUUUCACUAGAGUACCUUCAAAAUUUAUAUAACGCAUAUCACGAGUUCUUGCAAGACAUCUCUCGUUACAUUCCAGUAAUUCGUAUCAAUUGGAGUGAAUUUGUUGACCCUGAACAAUUGGCUCAAAUGAUUAAAGCUGAAUAUGAAUCAAUGAGAUUUAUGAAUCAAAUUAAUCCUCCAACUUUUGGUAAUGGUCCAACCACUAAUAAAAUUAUAUCAACUCCAAAAGAUUUAUAA